AUGACACAUUGCCUUCAAUCGAUUUCCAUCUUGUCAAUACCAUUGAUUCCCAUCUCAUUAUCAUCUCCUCUUUGCAUUUGUCAGAUGAGCCGUCUGCCAGAUGAUGCGGAUUUCUCUCGUGGGAAGGACGGGGUCCUGAAGUUCAGAAAUUGGGCAUCGACCCUAAAGGAAGUGACUGUUGGAAGGAAAGAGGUUGCUGAACCAGUCACCGUGCAGGAUAUUCAGAAUGAAGUCCAAAGCGUACUGAAAGCUCGUUCGGAAGGACAGCCGAACCUCCACCUGCGCCCAGUGGGAAGGGGCCACUCCUGGACUCCCGUGUUUCUGGACGAUGGAGACUGGCUGCUGAUGUCGGACAAGAUGCGUCUGGAUGAUAAUGACACAAAAGUUCGGAUCCCGACCGACGAACCGCUGGCUGCUGAUGGCAUUCCGCUUGUUGAAGUGGCCGGUGGGGUGAACACCUGGGACCUCGCUGUUUUCAUGGACGAUCCGGAAAACCAAGCAAAGUUGAAAUACAUGGGCCUUCCUGCUGACGUCGUGCUGGACACUGUGAGAUAUGGCGGUGUCGUGAACAUGGCAUGCCAUGGCACCGCAUGGAAUGAGGGCACCAUUCCCGACUUUGUGCAGAGGCUGUCGAUCGUGGAUGGCUCUGGAAUGCUCCGCAAGCUGGACAGGGACACGACAGACCCCGAGGAGUUCAGAGCCGCUGUGGCGAAUUUUGGGCUGUUUGGCAUCACGCACUCCAUCACCUUCAAACUCGCCACUGACCCAGAAAGGCUGGCAACGCCCAGCCUGUUGGUUGAGGACAGGCUGGUGCCCAUGGACACCUACUUCAAUGCUGAGGGCUUGACGGGCACUGCACUCAAAGAUUUGGCAAAGGAGAAGUAUUCUGUUGAGUUUUUCUGGUUUCCCUUGAAUGGGGUAGAUGACAAACGGAGGCUUUCGGAUUGGGAUGCCUUCACCCAGGACCAAUUGUGGGUGAAGACGACCGACCUGAGUGCCGACAUGGAGAGGAACGGCAAGCCUCGGGAAACGUUCCCCGAUGCGGCAUCGAGGUUCCCAUCUGUCACCAGCUUCCUGGCGAGAAUCGGUUUUCAGUUGAAUCAAUUCCUUCAGGCGAAGGGCAACGUGGGAUUGUACAAGCAGUAUUCCAAUUUCGUACUGGACCAGUCUGUGGACGAGGAUGACAACCCAAAGUUGACGUCUUUUGCUGGUGGGAUCCACUACCAGCUGGGGGUCGAUGAAGUGAAGGUGUUGGAUUUCGAGAUGGCAAUCAAGUUGGAUGAGGAUCUCACAGUUGUCAGCCAGGCAUGGAAUGCAGCCGUCAGAAUCGUGAAGGCGUAUCUGAGGGGUGAGCGAGGGGAGCCCAAGCACCCGAUGAACAUCGCGCUGGAGUUUCGAUUCACAGGGCACAGCGAUGCAUUGAUGUCCCCGGCCUAUGGCAAGCAUGGCGACCAUUUUGUGUGGAUCGAGGUGCUGGGAGUUACGGAGAGUGAGGGAUGGCAGGAGUUCAUGAAGGAGAUCUUUGACGCCUGGAAGGUCAUCUUGGGCCCCAAUGGCGAAAGGCCCAAACCCCACUGGGCUAAGUGGACUCCCACAGAGCACGAGCAGCUCACAGAGAUCGGAGAGUACGCCAAAGAGGUGUAUGCCGACCAAAUUGCAGAGUUCAACAAGCAGCUGUCCAAGUACGACAGCGAGGGCGUUUUCAUGAACGACUUCUUCAGGGCGCUUGGUUUUGGCGCCGGUGCUCAGUAG